AUGGCAGGAGACGACGAUCAAACCAAAAACAAAAACGGUGAAGGUCCUAGCGGUGGUUCUAGCAGUGGAAUCACAUAUGAGUCACCCUACUACCUUCAUCCUUCCGACUACCCCAAACAACUUCACGUAAAUGAAGUCCUCACAGACAACAACUUUGCCGAUUGGAACCAAGAGAUGACAAACUUCUUAUUUGCAAAAAACAAAAUGGAAUUUGUCGAUGGGACGAUCAAGAAACCUGAGAAAACUGAGAAAAACUACAUGCUGUGGAUGCGUGUUGAUGCUAUGAUAAAGGGAUGGUUGACAACAGCCAUGGAGAAAAAUAUACGCAACAGUGUCAAGUAUGCAGGAACAGCAUCAGAGAUUUGGGCAGACCUGAAUGAACGUUUCGGUAAAGAGAGCGCUCCUCGGGCGUAUGAAUUGAAACAGAAAAUUGCUUCUACUCGACAAAACGGCGCUUCCGUGUCAACAUAUUUCACCCAACUACGGUCCAUAUGGGAUGAAGCUCAAUCCAUACAUCCUUUUCCACGUUGUUCUUGUGACAAGUGUGAAUGUGAUGUGGGCAAGAAGAUCAAUGAACAUCAAGAGAAGGAACGUCUUUAUGAAUUUUUAAUGGGGUUAGAUUCAGAAUUCACUGUUAUUAAGACUCAAAUUCUGGCAACCAAACCAGUUCCCUCACUAGGCACUGCGUAUCACUUAGUGGCGGAAGACGAGAGACAGAGAAGUAUUUCGAGUGAAGGAAGGAUACAACCAGAGCCCGCUGCAUUCAAAGUUGGACAGAAACGAGAUUUCUUAGCUGGACGAAACAAAGAAAAGGAAGGAAGGUCAUAA